ACUGGAUUAAGAAGCAUAUAAAAAGGCUCGACCCGACCAGAGUCAGAUAUCAGUCAACGUUCGUUCACGGCAAGACAACCAAUCAACAACCAAAAAUGUUCAAGUUUGUGAUGAUCUUCGCAGUUUUGGGAGUGGCCGCCGCUGGCGUGGCGCCUCUGCCCCAUGCUCCGGUAUCCCACGCAGUGGGACGCUCCGAGGAUGUCCAUGCCGAGGUCAAGUCCGAGCACAGCGAUGUUCGCGCCGAUGGCUUCGAUGCUGAUCUCCUGGUGUCCAACAGCAUCCAGCAGGCCUCCAGCGGUGAUGUCCAUGGCAACAUCCACGGAAGCUUCAGCUGGAUCUCGCCCGAGGGCGAGCACGUUGAGAUCAAGUAUGUGGCCGAUGAGAAUGGCUACCAGCCCGUGGGUGCUGUGCUCCCCACUCCACCACCAAUCCCAGAGGCCAUUGCCCGUGCCGUUGCCUGGCUGGAGUCGCACCCACAGGCCCCCGAGCCCGUUCGCAAUCCCCAUCACUAAGGCCCCAACCUGAAUACGCAUCGCACCAUGGACUGUUCUCUGGAUAACUUUCUUUACCUAGUUCUUAAGAGUUCUUCUUGACUUUCAAAAUACAUGCAAAUCAUUGCUAAA